AUUAGCUCGAAGUGGACUCGGCAAAUGAUCGAACAUAUAUUCCUGCUUUGAACCCUGAAAAAAAACUUGUAAACUUCUACAUUCCAUUCAUUCUCUUCUCUUUUUAUACAUCUCGAUCAAGCAUUAUUAUGGGUGAAGAUCAAAAAAUGCAAAGCUUUCGUGAUCCAAUCUCGACAAUAACCGGACCGUAUUCACCUUCCGGUAAUAAUAAUAUCCGAUGGGUAGCCAUGGAUAAUGAUGACGUUUUUGAUUCAAGAACUUCGUCGUUUGAAGAUUUGAUUAAUGGCGCCUCUACCUCUUCAUCUUCGUUAGACCUAGAAGAAGAAGACGGAUCUCCGAAUACAUCUUCUUCGUCAUCGUCUUCAUCGAUCAAUGGACCUUUAUUUGAACUGUCUGAUUUAAUGGAACAUCUUCCAAUCAAGAGAGGACUUUCCCAGCAUUUUGAUGGAAAAUCACAGUCAUUUACUUCGCUCUCCAACGUCAACUGUUUAGAAGAUCUUGCGAAAGGAGGAAUUCAUUUUAGGAAGAAGAAGUCAUCCAAAAGCAAUAGCUAUGGAGGUGGAUUAGAUAUCCAAAAUAAGACAAUAUCAAAGAAGUCUUGGUUAACCAGAGGUUGUUUUGUAUCUUCUUUAGUUGAUAAGCAGGGAAUUGGCUUUAAUCUAAGAACUCAUGCCAAUUCAUUCAAAAGAUAGCGCUUUAAGUUGCGUGGAAUUUGCACAAUUGUUAAUCUUGUAUAUGCAUAAUCAGUCUUGUACGAGAUGGUGUUUCUUGUUAAAAAACCUAGUAUCAUUUUUCCUCACCUCAGAAGUUUGUAACCUCAUUUCGCAAGUGCGGGGUUCUUUUUUAUUUUAUUUUUGCAAGGUGCAAAUUCCUGCAGCUAAAUGCUGGUC